UACAAGACGAAUGUAGAAAGAGAAAAUUUUUUUUAAAUUUUACCAAUUAUUUACUGUCUCACAGUUUACAGCAACAGCAAUGAAAGUCAUUUUUGCUCUAUUAUUUUUUGUGUGCUUCACAAAUCUCUACUUAUCCGCCUCGGCUGCUCCAAUAGAAUCACCUACUACAAAUGAUGGUGAUGAUUCCGAUACAAAGAAUGAAAUUUAUUCUCUUCUUAAAGGAUUAUUAGAAGAAUAUUUUCCAAUUGAGGGUAUAAUACCGUCGUCUGAUGGAAUAAAGAGUUAUCUACGAACAGUGAUUCAAGCAAUAAAUAAUCUCAUCGAAACCUUGGGUAAUGUUACCGAAAAGAAUGUUCAAGAAUCAGCAAAAAAUUUAUAUGGAAAAUUAAAAGAUGAAAAAUUAGUAAAGACAGCUGUGACUGCAAUUUUAAAUGUCUACAUUGGUAUUAAAGAUAAUAUAAAUAAUGUUACGGAUUCAACACGUCAAAGAGCAGCAGAAAUUGUAACAGGUAUAAAAAAUGGAGUAGAUGAACUUAAGGAACCUGCAAUUCAGUUAGCUGAUAAAGUAGUCGGUGAUAUAAAACGUAACAUUGAAAAUAUAAAAGAACCGACAGAAGAAAAAGUGAAAAACAUAGUAAAUGAUUUUCAACAGAAAUUAUCUUCUUAUGAAGAUCCAGCAAAGAAAAAAAUUAAGGAAUUAAUAAAUGAUGUUUCGAAUGUUCUAAAAGCUAUUCUUGACGGUCCUCUUAGUGAAGCGAAUAAUGAUCUUCAAACAGAUUUAAAUGUACCAAUAUAGAUGGUGGGAGUACCAGAAAUGGUAAAAAUUUUUAGAAUCAUAUCGAGGUUCACAGAACUUCAAUUAUGGUCACCAUUGAAAUAUUUUUUCAUUAAGAAAUCACAAUUUGGUGCUCUCAAGUGCCUUUAUUUUUAAAUUAAAAUUAAACACUUUGUGACACUGCAAAAAUUGUAAAAAUAUAUUAAAAAGAUUUUUACAUGUAAA